AGCGUUCCUACAUAAACCGCCGGCCGAAACAAUACACCAGCCGGUUGGCUUUGGUUGGUUGGUCGCACUCUUCUGCUCCCCAUCCAUCACCACCACCACCUUAUCAUCUUCUCCAUCCAUCAUCGUCAUCCUCGCCACCACCACCGCCACUUCUGCGUGUGAGCACGGCACCAGCGCCGCCGUCGUCGCUCGACAUGGCCACCACUCAAGAGGCGGAGAAGACCAGCGUCGUCGUCAAGGCGGAGGAGGAGCCUUCCCCCACGGCCACGGCGGCGGCGCCGGCAGAGGAGAAGGCGAGCGUUAAGGCCGUGGAGGAGCCUUCCCCGGCGGCUGCAGCGGCGGUGGCGGAGGGGCAGCGGCCGCAGCCUGCGGCUACGGCGGCGCGCAGGGCGGGUGCUCCGGCCAGCCCCUUCGACUUCUCCACCAUGAUGAACUUGCUCAACGACCCGAGCAUCAAGGAGAUGGCGGAGCAGAUCGCCAAGGACCCGUCCUUCAGCGAGAUGGCGGAGCAGCUGCAGAAGACGGUGGCGCCGGCGCCGGCGUCGUCGGCGCGGUCGCCGCAGGAGGUGGCGGCGGCGCUGGACCCGCAGAAGUACGUGUCGACGAUGCAGCAGCUGAUGCAGAACCCGCAGUUCGUGGCCAUGGCGGAGCGUCUGGGCAGCGCGCUGAUGCAGGACCCGGCCAUGUCCUCCGUCCUCGGCGGCCUCACCAACCCCGCCCAGAAGGAGCAGCUCGAGGCCCGCGUCGCCCGCAUGAAGGACGACCCCUCCCUCAAGCCCAUCCUCGACGAGAUCGAGUCCGGCGGCCCCGCCGCCAUGAUGAAGUACGCUCGUAAACACCUUCAUUUCCUUCCUCCGGCGACGACAUUAAUGGCCACCGGUUCUUCUUUUCAACUCAGGUACUGGAACGACCCGGAGGCGCUGCAGAAGUUCGGCCGCGCGAUGGGCGUGGGACCGUCGGGCGCCGCCGCCGCCGGGGCGGAGGCGGAGGAGGAGGAGGUCGUGGCCGGCGGCGAGGAAGGGGAGUACGAGGAGGAGUCGGUGAUCCACCAGACGGCGAGCGUGGGCGACGUGGAGGGGCUGCAGAAGGCGCUGGCCGACGGCGUGGACAAGGACGAGGAGGACUCGGAGGGCCGCCGGGGGCUCCACUUCGCGUGCGGCUACGGCGAGCUCAAGUGCGCGCAGGCGCUGCUGGAGGCCGGCGCCGCCGCCGACGCCGUCGACAAGAACAAGAACACCGCGCUCCACUACGCCGCCGGCUACGGCCGCAAGGAGUGCGUCGCGCUGCUCCUCGACCACGGCGCCUCCGUGACGCUGCAGAACCUGGACGGGAAGACGGCCAUCGACGUGGCGAGGCUCAACAGCCAGGAGGAGGUGCUCAAGCUGCUGGAGAAGCACGCCUACGUCUAGGACGCCAUCGCCGUCGCCAUCGCCAUCGCCAUGCCAUCAGUCGAUCUUGCAGUUUGCUUAAUUUUAUCAUUAUUAUUAUUUCAGAUUACAUAUGCCCUUAUUAUUAUUAUUCCAGUACAUCUUUUCCAUGGAAGAAAAAAAAAGGUUUCUCUUCGGCUGUAAUUCACAUUUUAUCGAUCUGUAUCUAUUGAGUUGGAGUGUGUGGGUAGAAUUUAUCUGGUUUCUGGAUUACUUGUUGAUCUUGCAUUUUGUUGGUCGUUUGAAAGUGUUGCUUCGUGAAUAAAGAGAUAAAUUUUAUGUGUCA